CGUGAUCUCCAUCCUAUUCUAGACGCCAAAGCUUCCAAACAAACCGGUUCUCGGUUACCUUAGUUACCAGGGGUCCCGCCCUGUAUAGACAGGGCCACCUGACUCCGGCCGCCCAAUCAGGAACCUUCCAGCCUGUGCAGUGUCAUAUCAAACUACAACUUCCGGCAUGCUUCGCGGUGCUGACGUGCCACAGGGAGCCACAGAGGAGGAAGUGAAGAAGGAGAAGAAGAAUCAGAUUUGCAGAAAUGUUGAAAGCAGUGAUCCUGAUUGGAGGUCCCCAGAAGGGUACCAGGUUUCGACCUUUGUCGUUCGAGGUCCCUAAACCUUUGUUUCCUGUGGCUGGAGUUCCAAUGUUACAGCAUCACAUCGAGGCCUGCAGCAAGGUUCCCAAUCUGAAGGAAAUCCUCCUGAUCGGGUUUUACCAGCCAAAUGAAGCUCUCAGCCGAUUCCUGGUCACAGCACAGCAGGAGUUUAAAGUCGCUAUCCGGUACCUUCAGGAAUAUUCAGCGCUGGGCACUGGUGGCGGCAUAUAUCACUUCCGGGACCAGAUCCUCUCCGGCGGGCCACAGGCGUUCUUUGUUAUGAAUGCCGAUGUGUGCUCGGAGUUCCCUCUCCUGCAGAUGUUGGAGUUCCGGAAACAGCAUGAAAACACACACGGUUACAUCAUGCUGGGGACAACGGCAAACCGGACGCAGUCCCUGAAUUACGGCUGCAUUGUGGCAAAUGCAGAGACUCAGGAGGUCCUGCAUUACGUGGAGAAGCCCGGUACGUUUGUCAGUGACAUCAUAAACUGCGGGAUUUACCUCUUCUCACCGACAAUAUUUCAGCACAUCGCAGAGGUCUUUCAGCGCAAUCAGCAGGAUGUACAGAUUUGUUCCUGCAUCAGCGAGGAGAACUCGAGUUGGCAGCGGGCCGAGGUUAUUCGGCUGGAGCAGGACGUAUUCACCGCUCUUGCAGGAAGAGGUCACCUGUAUGUGUAUAAAACAGAUGGCUUUUGGAGUCAGAUUAAGUCGGCGGGUUCCGCUAUUUAUGCCAGUCGUUUGUACCUAAGCCAGUAUCAUAGGACACACCCAGAGAGGCUCGCCCAAACCAAUGAGGGAGGACCGACCGUCAUAGGAAAUGUGUACGUUCACCCAACAGCCAAGGUGGAUUCAUCAGCUGUGCUGGGUCCUAAUGUGUCGGUUGGAAUGGGAGUGACUAUUGGCGCUGGAGUGCGGGUGCGAGAGUCUGUUAUCUUACAUGGUGCUACACUGCAGGAUCACAGCUGUGUAUUGAACACCAUCGUGGGCUGGGACAGCAGCAUUGGACGCUGGGCACGAGUGGAAGGAACACCCAGUGACCCCAAUCCUAAUGACCCGUAUGCCAAAAUCGACAGCGAGACCCUGUUCAGGGAAGGGAAGCUUACCCCCUCCAUAACUAUUCUAGGCUGUAAUGUGUCCAUCCCAGCAGAAGUUGUCAUAUUAAACUCCAUCGUCCUGCCACACAAGGAGCUGAGCCGCAGCUUCAAGAAUCAGAUUAUUCUAUAAUGAGGGGGCCAUGACCCCAGAAUCUUCCGCUCGCAGGGGGCCGGGAGAACUGUCUGUGUUCCGGGUCAGAAAAUUAAUAAGUCCCCUGUGGCCUCUUUACUAAGAACUGAGAUUUGUAUUAUAGCAGGAAGAUGUGACACGGCGGACCUGCUAGAGUUUUCUCAGCCUUUAGGCACAGGGGCCCCCUGGAGCCCCCAACACAUCAGGACUGCCACCGAGAGAUUAUGUACAGAGCUGGAGGCGGCUCACUGACAGCUUAUUAACCCCCCAGGGCGUUCUUUUUUUUUUCAUUGUGAUAACAAUCUCACGUACUGGACGUCUACGCGGCUGCAGGCGCGGUCAUGCACCCUGCAGAAUUUAUUAAAAGUCAAGUUGUGAGAAGUCUCUCUCUCGUACCCUUUCCUGACCUCUUCCUCUAUAGCUACAAGACUUUACCGCCGCGCCAUGUAGAUAGCAAUGUAAGAUUUUUAAACGCCAGUGUAUCGGUUUACAGAUAUUAGGAGCGGCCAUGCUGGUCCAGGGAGCUGUUUGUACAAAUGUGGAGGUGAUGAGAUUAGAACACACGAUUGUUAAGGUUCCUCCACCACCGCACACAUAGCCGGGGGGAGGGGGGGGGGGCAGCGGCUGCUGUUAUUAGUUUACAGAGAAAAAUGGAAACGGCUUUCAACAAGGAGAAAGUUCUGGAAGAAAAGGGUCACCCGGGUGAACAUACAUCACAAUUUUAAAUUAAUAAAAACUUUGCCACUAGGCACUAUUUGUAUUGUGCGUUUUUACUGCAGACCUGCGCUAUAAAGUAAAGAGAACCGGUCACAAGAAAUAAAUAAAUCUGGUAAAAGCUCAAAGAAAUAAAAUAAUUUAUUUUAAAUGCU